AUGGAACCACUAAAACAUGACGUGAACUACCAGAACACCGACAAGGAACUCAUCGACGAUCAGCGCUUAGUCCGAGAAGUUUUAUUGUAAAUUAUUUAUAUUUUUUGAGUAAGCAAAAAAAUAUACGUAUUCCAUGAACCUUAAGUAUCGUUUUAGGCAUUUGUUACCGACCAGCAACAGUGAUGUGAUACGGUACUCUCCAGCUGUUGGAUGUACGUUAAGUGCCCGCUAUUGUUACGACUCGAAGGUAUUCGGGUUCAACCGGGUAAGUCGUUUUAUUUGAAGUGACUCUAAGAAAAGUACUGUCUGUUAAUGUAAUUUUCCAGAUCAAUGAGAUUCUGAUCAAGUCAUCACAAGUCAAGAAGAAUCUGGCAAAGAUCAACGAGUUCAACCGGUCGAACGUCAACGUGAAGGCCAUGUUCUUUCCUUUGGCUCCGAUUGUUUCAGUGUCAACCAACUAUUACAACGAAAUCACCGAUAAAAUCGAGCAGAGUGUGAAUGGAAUCACAAGUAAGUUGACAUUGGUAUCAAAAAGUUGUUUUAGCUGUCGACGAACUGAAUGUGGAAGUAUGUGACUUGAACAAUGACUUGCAAAAUGUGAUCACGUUCUUAGAAAAACUUCUGAAUCCAUCACCGUCGUACCACGAUGUUGAGAUGACAUGGACAGCGUUUUUUAAGUUUCGGAAAAGCUACACGAAUCCUACUAGUGUCUUGGUGAGAAUUUGUCAUUUUUUUAAAAUUAGAACUAUUUUUUGAUAUUAUAAUAAUUUUUUUCUUGCAUCAAAGUUUUUUUUCAGCCCUUCAUAAAGCAACUCCAAGAAGCCUUGAUUAACUUAUUGCCAAACUACUUUGACACCUUGUGUGUGGGAUCUUCAGAUAUUGAACAGAAAGGAGAAGACAUGUAAGUAUCUCGGGUUAAAUUUAACGUUUUGUUUAGUAUAUUAACCAUGCAAAACAAGGAUCGCAUGCAAAUGGUUCACUUUACCAUGAUAUGGUCUCAGAAGUUGUUAAGGACGUUUAAACAAGGCAUUAAAAAUCGUCUACGUCUUGAAUUACAUCGUAAAAAUGUGGAGGUAAAGCCAUGGUCCUACUUCAUGAAGAAUCUAUUUGACGAAAUGAGCACAGAGGCCAAGUUACAGUAAGGAAAUGCACCUUUUAUCUAAAUUUGCCAUUUUAGAAUGGAUGUUGCUAAGAUAAACCAUUUCUUGGAAGACUCAUGUUCAUCGUACGUCGCCCAAUUUUCUCAAAUAAUCUUUAACGUGCUUAAAACAAAGGAUUGUAAGAGGUGGAUGAUGGAUUUUAAAGUAAGUGAUGCGCUUCAAUUGGACUCUAAACUUGUAGAAAAUAUAUCAACUAGAGCUGUUCGAAGAACAAAUUUGCCGUUCCGUUUCUGUCGAAUAUAAUAGAAGCCCACGGUCAGCCAAGCUAUCGGCGUUCGCAAAAUGUUUGGAAGACUUAAAUACGAAGGAAAAUUGCUCAAAGUACUACAAGAUAAACUGGAGCGAUGAAGAACAGACCACCUUCAAAGUAGUGCCUGAGGUAAAUCAACCACUACGUGAAUUAACUAGUUUUAGCUUCCAUGGCCAAUCAACGUUAUGUUCCACGAUCGUCUGUUUACUCUGUUGAACAAGUCAAUGCAAAUACUACAUGUCCUCAAGUACUGUAAUAGUAUGUGUGUUACGGCACUAUCUCAAUUCACGUUGUCUUCGGAAGUGCGUGACGGACCAUUACUAGUGCGACAAAAGUUGAACUUGAUCCUACUAAUGAAAAAGCUAACGGAUACCUUGAAAGAUUUGUCGACAGAGUUCGUAAGUCAUUGUCUGCCUUUUUAAAUUUAUUUCUAGUUUAACAAUUUAAUGGAAAAUGCUGGUCAACAAAUCGAGGUCAGUACUACUUUGGAAAGUAUAGAGGAGGCCGUCACGACAUGGGAAGAAAAACUGAAAGUUUCGAUGGACAACAACACUAUGUACUCUAUUGCCAUUGACCGGAUACUUAAGUAUACGACCACUGUGUACGAGGAAUUGGAACAACCUGUAACAGAAUUUGACGUGUCGCAGAUGCACCGCUCAUUAAAGAGAAUACUUAUAACCCUUAAAAACAACAAAGACCCUGAAGAACUAGAUUCAGAUUCCCUGGAAUAUUGUUACUACUGUGCUACAAACGAGUGUCUAAUGUUACUGAACACUUGUGAAGCCAACUGA